GCCUCGGCGGGCAUUGCCAGUGCUGCUGGCCCUGCGGGGACUGGGGGGAUGGCGAGUGCCGGCUGCCUUCCCUCAGGCCGUCGUGGAGCCGCGUUUCUUUUCGCGUCGCUGCCUCCGGAGCGGGUCCUCCUCACUACCCCGGCCUGUCUCUUCUCUGUCCCCGCCCGGCGGCGAGGGGAGGUGGUUGGCCUGUCCCGGGAGCUGUCCCUGUGGAGGCACGGGAGACGUUUGCUGCAGUGUCGCUCCGAACCUGAAAGAAGCUGUAAGCAAACGCAUAGGGGCACAGCUUUAAAGGACRAGGAAGAGGGGGAUAAAAGAGCCAAUAGUGUCAGCCUGUGUACUCAARUAAUCUGCUUGUUUCUGAAAUAGUUGUUUUUGUGUUGGGAUGGGUAACCUGGUGUCUUCUCRCUGACUUGAAGUGGUUUGGACUUGUUUAACCUGCAAGAUGUGGAGUGGGCUGUUACCUCCAGGACUGAAUGAAAGUGAUGUUGAUCURAGUUCUGAUGAUGGAGACRAAUCACCUGAUUCCAGUUCAAAGCAAGAYGCAAAAGAAGAUACUGAGAGAGUUCAGGGGACUGGAGAGGAGAGUAAUGCCAGUAGUGGACCUGUUGUGGUACCAGUGACAGAGGAAGAAAGUGAAUCUCAGAUGUGCCCUCCUGGAGUUUCUGUAAAUAUCUGGAAUAAAUUUGUGGAGCUUCAGAAGAAACACCGUGAAAUGAAGAUGCAAGCAAAAGAGGAAAACAGAUGCCGAAAAAGAAAGCGUCGCCGAAAAGCAAAACAGAAAAAGACCGAUGAAGUGGCUAAGAGUAGUCAACAGUUGGAAAAUGAAGACAAAUGGAAAGAACUUACACAAUACUUUGGAAUCAAUGAUAGAUUUGAAUCACCUGUGGACAGCAGGGCUCCACAAAAGUCUGGCCUUGAACUGAGCAUAGAGAAGUGUGUGGCUGAAGGUGACAUUGCCAAGGCUGAGGAGCUGAGUGACAGAUUGGCCAUUCGUGAGGUAAGUGGGCUGUUAACAAAAACUCUGAGGGGUUAUUUAGUUUUGCACAUCUGGACUAAMAGUGUCAUGACUAAAAAUAGCAUUGAAGAUUGUUUGCAGCAUCUGUCCCAUUUCCUAAGCAGAUUCCUGUCAGUGAUUGACAUUGCUGCUGCUCUAGCAAUGCUUGGACAGCUGUAGCUGUGUUUAAGAAUU